AUGAAUGUAGAUAAUGAAAAAACCAAUAUACCUCAUCAAAUUCCAUCUUCAACACCAGCUGUUGAAAUUGUUCGACAACAACGUUUUGAAGUUGGACCACGUUAUACUGAUUUAAAAUUUAUUGGUGAAGGUGCAUAUGGUAUGGUUGCAUCAGCCUAUGAUCAUGUUAAUAAUCAACGUGUUGCAAUUAAAAAAAUAGCUCCAUUUGAACAUCAAUGUUUUUGUCAACGAACAUUACGUGAAAUAAAAAUUCUUUCACGUUUUCGUCAUGAAAAUAUUAUUAAUAUACAAGAUGUUAUACGUACGCCUACAAUUGAUCUAAUGAAAGAUGUUUAUAUCGUGCAAUGUCUUAUGGAAUGUGAUCUUUAUAAAUUAUUACGUCAUCAACGUUUAACAGAUGAACAUAUUUGUUAUUUUCUAUAUCAAAUAUUACGUGGAUUAAAAUAUAUUCAUUCAGCAAAUGUUUUACAUCGUGAUCUUAAACCAAGUAAUUUACUGUUAAAUACAAAUUGUGACUUAAAAAUUUGUGAUUUUGGUCUUGCAAGAGUUGCUGAUCCAAAUAAAGAUCAUUCGGGACUUCUUACUGAAUAUGUGGCUACUCGAUGGUAUCGAGCACCGGAAAUUAUGCUUAAUGCACGUGGUUAUUACAAACCAAUUGAUAUAUGGUCCGUUGGUUGUAUUCUAGGUGAAAUGAUUGGUGGAAAACCUUUAUUUCCUGGUAAACAUUAUAUAGAACAAAUCAAUUUAAUUUUAAACGUUAUUGGUUCACCAGAUGAAGGAGAUUUAGUAUCAAUAAAUUCGACGGUGAUUUCUUUUCAUAAUUGUCCAACUGGUGUUUGUUCUUUUUUUUCCUAA